AUGUCAUCUAUCCAGAGGCCCAGGCGUAGCGGGAGGGGUGAGCACACGCGUUUUUCACCCUCCCCUUCAAUCCCAUCCCGUCGUCCGGCUCCCGAGGAUGCCCCUGAGCCUGAGCUACCCCUGCCUCGAAGGUCUCGUACCGUCCAAGAGGACCUCUCUCCUCCACCAGCAGCUCCACCAGUCGACCUAUCGCCAAUCCCGCAGACCAAGGUUGCUGUAAGAACCCAGGGGAAGUUGAAUCCGGCGUCGGUUAUUGAUUUCGAGAUCGCCCAGGUCUGGGAUAUGGCUCGAGUUCAGUUGAGGGAGUUAGGGUUCCAAGCUUUGCGUCUCAGUGAAGAUGACGCCAUAUUAUUCACCUGGACCUAUGAUAUGAAGCUUGGGCCAACCCGUUCGAAGGAGGGGGAGGUGAAUCUCGCCACAGAAUUCGACUGGAAUCAGCUUCAAUCUCGCUGUGGGUUAAUUCGCGGUGCCCGCAAGUAUGUUGAAUUGUUCCUGAUAGGGACGCAGAAAGGCGCGUCAAAUGACUCAAGUGCACCUCCCUCUUCGCAGCAGGGCCGCAGAACCGUCAAUGCGCAAAUGGUAGCCCAGCUCCCCACGGAUACCGCAACUCAUCGAGAGAUGAUUAUGAGGUUAAAAGACACGUACUUUUGCCUUCAGUGCGAUCGGCAGUGCUUUGUGCGCAAUGGGAAGCAUAUGAGAUUGAUGGAGGAGGACAUUGCGGCUUGGGCAGCGGGUAUGGUAGGAGAGACACCCAUUGCAACCCUCCACAACCCUCCCAGAGGUUCGCGCUUCGACAAAUACUUCAAUGCGGACAAUCCCGGCGCGGAAACGCCCCGCACAAAUAACUCCAGCCCUUCGCCGUUUACCUUCAUGCCCCAAUCUCCUGGGCUCCCUUACCCUUACCCAAUGCUCCCACCCAUGUGGCCGAUGGCGCCUAUGAUGCAGCACACUGUUCAGCGUCAGCCGUCUCCAGCAGACCCCCGUUCAAGUCCACCAAUCGAGGAGGAUGCUGAAGGGUCGUUGCUCAGGGAUUUCUUGGAAUACGUCAAGGAGAAGUCUGAAGCGCACGCCUUCUGUGUUGAGGAACACUUUAAUAGGCUCACUGAAGCUGACUAUGACGUCAAAAUGCUCAAACAUCUGUCAUGGGAAGGCGCACAAUCCAUGGGAAUCACUCGAGGGAACUACGACCGCUUGCUGCACUACCGCAGGAAGUGGAAGCCCAGCAGCGAGUAG